UAUUCGGAUUGUCUUAUAUCGACAAAUUUGUUUUCUUUAAGUUGUGUGCUUUCCAUAGAGAAGAAAAGUAAGCAUCUAAUCUAAAAGGUAGAUCAGAAAAAUAGAGGCGAAAACAUUUAAGUAAUUCUACAGAAUAAAGAUUUCAAAACAGGCGAUCGGAAUCAUAUCAUCCAAAUUAAGAAAAGUAAUGAAAUGGUUUAAAAAAUUGAAAUGUAACUAUAAAUGCUAGUAAAGCCCAAUCAGAUUAUAUUAGAGAAAACCAUCGUCGAUAAUUUUUUACUACUCUUUUUUGUGUGUUUUAUUUAGUUACAGUAUUUUUAACUAUUAUACUAUGUAAUUAUCGAAAAAAUGUGUAAAUGAAGACAGGUAUUAAAAGACAAAAACAAAGAAAGCAGACAAAAAAAAAACUUGCAAAUAAACAAAGCGUCCGCUUUGCGUAGCUGCUGCAAAAGACAAAAGAAAUAAUUCAUUUGGAUUCAUUGGAUUUUCUUGCGUGUGCGCGUGUAUAUGUUGAAAUAUAAACUGCAAAACAAAAGAUAAAUUAACUGAUUAAAAAACAGGAAACUCUUAAGCAGGCAAAUAAUAGAUUGCGUGGCUGGUAAUUAAGAAAAAAAUUUUAAAGCUGAAAAUAAAAUAAAAACCACAAAAAACAAGAAUGGAUCGUGGGCGUUACUCUUAUGUAAGACCGAACGGUGGUGGUCGCAACAAUCAUCAUAAUAAUCAUUCGAAUUCAUCAUUAUCGUCGUCCUCGUCAUCCUCUCUAUCGUCAGCAAUAAAUAAUCACUACGACAAUCAUCAUAUGCCAACAAAUCGUAAUUCAAACAAUUCAAUCAGUAGUAACUUACACUACAACAAUACAUCAUCUUCAGCAGUAUAUUCACAACAUAUGAGCAAUAAUAAUAACACCAAUAAUACCAAUAUUAAUAAUGUGACCCGCGAAUCGUUAACACAACAUGACGAAUUGAUUCGUUACAUUAGAGAAGCAUGGACAAAGGUCAGCGAGCAAGGCACUCCAGUGGUUAACUGCAACGACUCGGAUAAUCAGUUGAAAAAUUUUAAACCAUUUAACCUGGAAGAGUACUGGGGUCGUCGAGUUGUGCAAAACAUACACGUUUCCUCUCACGGACAUCAAUAAACUCCAAUGUCAAUAAAACAAUAGCGACCGAAAAAUUCA